AUGGCCCCGACGACAACAAACUCCUGGUCCAUCACGGGCACCAGCAAGGAGAACUGGGACUCCCUCGAGUUCAAGAAGGACGUUCCCCUCCCGCAACUGGGCGACUACGACGUCCUCGUCCAGAUCGAGGCCGUCUCGCUCAACUUCCGCGAUCUCGCAAUCCCCAAGGGCCUCUACCCCUUCCCCGUCAGCUUCCCCCGCGUCCCCGCCUCCGACGGCGCCGGCCGCGUCCUCGCCGUCGGCCCCAAGGUCACCCAGCUCGCUGAGGGCGACGACAUCUGCACCCUCUUCAACCAGCACCACCAGUCCAACCCCAUCACCCCGCUCGCCGUCCGCAGCGGCCUCGGCGGCGCCCUCGACGGCACCCUCCGCCAGUACGCCGUCUUCCCGGAACACGGCCUCGUCAAGGCCCCGUCCACCCUCAACGCCAUCGAGGCCAGCACCCUUCCCUGCGCGCCGCUGACCGCCUGGAACGCCCUCUACGGCAUCCAGUCCAAGGCCCUCAAGCCCGGCGACGUCGUCCUCACCCAGGGCACCGGCGGCGUCAGCCUGUCCGCGAUCCAGUUCGCCGUCGCCGCGGGCGCGACCGUCAUCGCGACGACGUCGUCCGCCGCCAAGGGCGAGCAGCUCAAGAAGCUCGGCGCGCACCACGUCAUCAACUACAAGGAGACGCCGAACUGGGGCGAGGUCGCCAAGGGCCUGACGCCCGGCGGCGCGGGCGCGGACCACAUCAUCGAGGUCGGCGGGCCGGGCACCGUCGCGCAGUCGCUCAAGGCCGUCAAGCUCGAGGGCGUCAUCUCCAUCAUCGGGUUCCUCUCGCACGGCGACGCCCCCAAGGACCAGCCGACGCUGCUCGACGCGCUGGCCAACAUCUGCACCAUCCGCGGCCUGUUUGUCGGCUCGAAGCAGCAGUUUGACGAGAUGAACCAGGCGAUUGACGCGAACAAGAUCAAGCCCGUCGUCGACCAGAAGAUCUUUGGGUUCGAAGAGGUGAAGGAGGCGUACCAGUACCAGUGGGACCAGAAGCACUUUGGCAAGGUUGUUGUCAAGAUCUAG